AUGGUCUCUAAACUCAAGCCGAUCUUUUUAUCGCUUCUCAAGAAAUACAUUCCUAGCUAUAUACAUCAAAAUGUGUUUCGUGGUUUGCAUAGUGGACAACCCGUUGUCAAAAAGAGAGGAGUCAAGCCAGUCUUAUUCAUUCGUUAUCGCUACCGAGAUCGCUUCAAUGAGGCGAUCGAAAAUCAUACCAGUCAAGCCUAUAUCGAGUUUGGAGAUAAGAAUGGGGCUAUGAUAUUUCGUUUCUGGCGAGAAUUUUGGUUCAUUGUUGCUCGAGAGGCUUUGAAAAAGGAAGAAAAGACUAGAACAAAAGUCCCCGAUCUUCCUCCUCAUAAAUACUAUUCAUCCCAGCAAAUCUCUAUAUUUAAAGCAUUUGUCGCAGCUGAUUCUCGCAACUGGUAUGAUCUCUCUGGCCCAGCGGAUUGGUGGCUGGACUCGUACGAUUUUGGAAAACAUGGAUGGGAUAUUGAUAUUGGCAAAGUUUCCGGCUACAAAUUAGCUUAUGAGUAUUUCAAUGAAUACUCUGCGGUCAAUAUUCCAAAGAAGUUUGAACAAAUGAGAUGGGAUCCUGCCGAAUUCUAUCUAGCAGUCUGA